ACCCCCAAACCCAGAAGAUGGUCAAGGAGGAGCACGAGGUGGCUAUGCUGGGGCCCCCCUACAAUGCCGCCCCCCUUCAGUCCACCGUGAUCAACAUCCGCAGCAGCGACAUCUCCGUGCCUGACCACGUCGUCUGGUCCCUCUUCAACACGCUCUUCUUCAACUGCUGCUGCCUGGGCUUCGUGGCCUACGCCUACUCCGUGAAGUCCAGGGACCGGAAGAUGGUGGGCGACAUGAUUGGGGCCCAGAGCUACGCGUCCACCGCCAAGUGCCUGAACAUCUGUGCCCUGGUCAUCGGUCUCUUGCUGACCAUCGGGCUCAUCGUUCUUCUCGCCAUGGGCACAGUGAUCAGCAUACACGCCCUGUCACAGAUGAUGAGACGUAAUGGCUACUAGUUGCUGCGUGAUGCUGUGUCCUGAGCCCUUAGUCCGGCGUCUACUCUGUUGGCCCUCCACCCUCUGUUCUCAGUGGUUUGCCCACGUGUACCUGACAAUAAACCAUGUCCCUAAAGUGUCCACUUA